CUGUCAUGCCUUUAUACUCAAACAGGAGGUGAUGUUUGUGAAGAAGCAACUCAGGAAGAUUUUGAGUACAAGUUAAAGGGAUAUAUUGACAGUACAAUGGAUAAAAGCACCAAGGCAAGACAGAGUGCUCUCGGAGGACUGAAAACUGCCAUGGCAUCCAAAAUACUGUAUGAAUUUAUCAUGGAAAGGAGGAUGACCAUAACAGACAGCAUUGAGCGCUGCUUGAAGAAAGGCAAAGGUGACGAGCAGUGUGCUGCCGCAUCAUUGGCCUGUCUCCUCUGCAUUCAGCUGGGAGCUGGGAUAGAAAGUGAAGACGUUUUCAAGACCCUGAAGCCCAUUUUUAAGAACAUUCUAGCUGAUGGAACUGCCAACAUACAAACCAGACAGGCUUGUGCAACCAGUUUGGGAGUUUGCAGUUUGGUUGCUGCAGAUGAUAUUUUGGAUGUCUAUGCAACUAUGGAAUGCUUUGAAAGCCUCUUCGCUAAAUCCUAUGUGAAGGAAGAUGGGACUCGUAGCGUCUACAAUGCCCAAACUACGAUGCUUCACAUCAGUGCUCUUUUGUCAUGGAGUCUACUGCUGACCAUUUGUUCCAACACUGAAGUGAAAAAAAUUCUAAAAAAACACCUGCCUAAACUCCCCAGUCUGUUGGAUUGCGAUGAUGUAAACAUGAGGAUUGCUGCUGGAGAGACCCUUGCUCUUCUUUUUGAGUUGGCCAGAGAUGUAGAUGCUGAGUUUGAAUAUGAAGACUUGGAAUCUUUAUGUGCAAAACUGAGAGCCCUUGCCACAGAUGGGAACAAACACAGAGCCAAAAAUGAUAAAAGGAAGCAGAGGCCUGUCUUCAGAGACGUUCUAAGGGCUGGAGAGGAGGGAGAAUUCCAGACGGAGAUGAUCAAGUUUGGAGCAGAGCGCAUGUACAUUGACAGCUGGGUGAUUAAGAGGACCUACGAUGCCUUCACAGAGUUUGUAGGAUCGGGAAUGAAUUAUCAUCUACAGGCUAAUGCGUUUGUAAGAAAUGUUUUUGAGCUUGGACCCCCAAUGAUGGUUGAUGCGGCAACCCUAAAGGCAAUGAAAAUCUCCCGUUUUGAGAGGCACUUGUAUAAUGCUGCUGCCUUUAAAGCUCGGACUAAGGCCAGGAAUAAGUUUCGGGACAAAAGGGUGGACAUCGGAGAAUUCAUUUAAACAUCUAUAGGUUUCAGCACAUCAUUUUAACUCGCCUUAUUU